UCGAACGAACCAGGAGCUGCCUGAGGUGCUUGCCAGCUGCCGCCGCGGGCACACUCCAAAGCCGAGAGCACCGGCCAACACCAUUUUUCGAGCUCCGCCAAACGAACCGUGACGUUGAAUACUGGUCUGACAAAGCUCCACCAUCAGCUUUCCCAUUCCGAAGCUGCAGCAACCCACAGUCAAUCGACCUCAAUCGACCGCAAAACAGCACCGAUCGAAGCUCCCUUGCCCCGAGCUGAAUCCCCAUCGAACCGGCGCGCCCGCACCCGAACUUGAUCAUGUCUGGAGGAAGAAAUCCCAUGGAGGAGGCCUACGAGCGCUUCAGGGCCGUCGCUCAGCAGCAGCAGAAGCGCGGUGGCUUCGGCGGCGGCGGCAUGCCCGGCGGCCCUCGCGGCGCUGGCAUGGGACUUGCCGGUCUGGUUCUUCUGGGAGGUGCUGCAUUCGUGGCCCAGAAUGCGCUGUUCAACGUCGAUGGUGGUCACAGAGCGAUCAAGUAUCGGAGGACAACGGGUGUGAGCAAGGAGAUCUACAGCGAAGGAACCCACUUGAUUAUCCCCUGGUUCGAGACUCCCGUCACCUACGAUGUUCGCGCGAAGCCCAGAAACGUCGCCUCCCUCACCGGAACCAAGGACUUGCAGAUGGUCAACAUCACCUGCCGUGUCCUUUCCAGGCCUGAUGUCAAGGCCCUGCCUCAGAUCUACCGCACUCUCGGCACAGACUACGACGAGAGAGUGCUGCCUUCCAUCGUCAACGAGGUUCUGAAGAGUGUUGUUGCUCAGUUCAACGCUUCCCAGCUCAUUACCCAGAGAGAGAUGGUUGCCAAGUUGGUUCGCGAGAACCUCUCUCGCCGUGCCGCACGGUUCAACAUUCUGCUGGACGAUGUGUCCCUGACGCACCUUGCCUUUUCCCCUGAAUUCACAGCUGCCGUUGAGGCGAAACAGGUUGCCCAGCAAGAGGCGCAGCGCGCGGCGUUCGUUGUCGACAAGGCUCGCCAGGAGAAGCAGGCCAUGGUUGUCAAGGCUCAGGGUGAGGCUCGCUCUGCUGAGCUGAUUGGAGAUGCCAUCAAAAAGAGCAAGGCCUACGUCGAGUUGAAGAAGAUUGAGAACGCGCGCGCCAUUGCUCAACAGAUGCAGGAGUCCGGCAGCAAGAACCGCUUGUUGCUUGACUCUGAGGGCCUGGGUCUGAACGUGUUUGACGAUAGCGAGAAGAAAUAAGGCGUCGGCAUUUGGGCGCGAAUUCUCCACACUGUACUCCUACAACAUCAAAAUUUGGCAUGGCCUUGUAUAAUAAUGAAAAAAACGCCUCUGAGAGCUUUGAAAACACCUCAUCUGCAAACGUAUGAGGCUCGAGAGGGAUGGUGGAAAAUCCAUCCGUGUAUAACAAACAGAAACUCUUCGGUGUUUCCGGUACAGAACAACAGAAAAUUCCACAUCACAAUUGCCUCUCAUUACGUUGCUCAUUUGUAAAGUCCUUUAUAGUAGCAUGCUUGCUACGUUUGGAAUUUUGCUCUGUACAUUACUUUCUUGGAGAGCCGUCGAUCCAUUUGCAGCACAGGCCGUCGGAAUUGGUGGAUGCCUGCACAGCGUUAAGACGUGCCUGGGGUGGGCCCGCGCAUUUUAG